AUGUCUUCCCCUGCCGUUGUCCAGCCUGAGGCUGCUCCUGUUGCUGCCCCCGAGGCCGCCAUUGCCCCUGCCCCUGCUCCGUACAACCCACCUGCCCCGCAGACUUCCGUCGCGUCUGCUCCGUCUGCCUCCCUCUAUGUCGGAGAGCUUGACCCUACCGUCACCGAGGCCAUGCUCUUCGAAAUUUUCAACAUGAUCGGCCCAGUCGCCAGCAUUCGUGUAUGCCGUGAUGCCGUCACCCGUCGUUCUUUGGGAUAUGCCUACGUCAACUACCUCAACACCAGCGAUGGCGAGCGUGCCCUUGAGCAGCUCAAUUACUCUUUGAUCAAAAACCGUGCAUGCCGCAUCAUGUGGUCUCAACGUGACCCAGCCCUUCGCAAGACUGGCCAAGGCAACAUUUUCAUCAAGAACUUGGAUGAGCUUAUCGACAACAAGGCUCUCCAUGACACCUUCGCUGCCUUCGGCAACGUCCUCUCUUGCAAGGUCGCUACCGAUGAGCACGGGCGUUCCAAGGGCUAUGGUUUCGUCCACUAUGAGACCGCUGAGGCUGCUGAGAAUGCCAUCAAGGCCGUCAAUGGCAUGCUCCUGAACGACAAGAAGGUCUACGUCGGCCACCACAUCUCUCGCAAGGAGCGUCAAUCCAAGCUCGACGAGAUGAAGGCCCAAUUCACCAACCUCUAUGUCAAGAACUUGGACCCCGAGAUGUCCCAAGAGGAUUUUGAGAAGCUCUUCGCUAGGCACGGGACGGUGACCUCUGCCCUGCUCUCGCUCGACGAGGAAGGCAAGAGCAAGGGUUUCGGUUUCGUCAACUACGAGAGGCACGAGGAGGCCCAGGCCGCUGUCGACGCCCUCCACGACAGCGAGAUCAACGGUCGCAAGCUCUUCGUUUCUCGUGCCCAGAAGAAGGCCGAACGUGAGGAGGAGCUUCGUCGCUCGUACGAGCAGGCCAAGAUGGAGAAGAUGAGCAAGUAUCAAGGUGUCAACCUGUACAUCAAGAACUUGGAGGACGACGUCGAUGAUGACAAGCUUCGCGCUGAGUUCGAGGUCUUCGGCACUGUCACCAGCUGCAAGGUCAUGCGCGAUGAUAAGGGUACCUCCAAGGGUUUCGGCUUUGUCUGCUUCUCCACUCCUGACGAGGCCACCAAGGCUGUUGCGGAGAUGAACAACAAGAUGAUCGGCUCCAAACCCCUCUAUGUCUCCCUUGCUCAGCGCCGUGAAGUUCGCAGGCAACAGCUCGAGAGCCAGAUCGCUCAGCGCAAUCAAAUCAGGAUGCAACAGGCCGCGGCUGCAGGCCUUCCAGGCGGUUAUAUCAAUGGACCGAUGUACUAUCCUCCUGGCCCAGGCUUCCCUCCUCAAGGUCGUGCCAUGAUGGGCUAUGGCCAGCCCGGCAUGAUGCCCCCUCGCCCCCGGUACGGCCCCAACGGACAAGUUGCCGGCAUCCCUGUCCCCGCACCUUAUGGUCAGGCGCCUCCUCAAGGCUACCCUAUGCCUCCAGGUGGCUAUCCUGCUCGCGGCCCUCCUCGUCCCCCCGUUGCUCGCGGCCCCAGCGGCUCUCCCACCCAGGGCACUGUCCCCAUCCCCCGCGCCAACGGCCCGCCUCCCGCCAACGGUGCUCCUCGUGCCCCCGGCCCUCAAGGAGCUCCUGUUCCCAAUCGUGGAGCUGCUCCUCCCUCUGCUGGUCGCGCUCAACCCCAGCCUACCGCCUCGGCUGGAUAUAAGCAAGGGUCUGUCCCUCCUCAACCUAGGUCUGCCGCUCCUCCCUCUGCGACAGGACCUAUUGCACCAGGGCCUGCUGAACCCACCAUCACUGCUGCUCAGUUGGCCGCUGCCAACCCCAUGGAGCAGAAGCAGAUGUUGGGUGAGGUCAUCUAUAUGAGGAUCGCUGGCACUGAGCCUGAACUGGCUGGCAAGAUUACGGGCAUGCUGUUGGAGAUGGACAACAACGAGCUUCUCCACCUUCUGGAUUCUCCCGAUGCGAUGGCCAACAAGGUGAACGAGGCACUUGCUGUCCUCCACGAGUACACCGGCAAGGAAGAGCCCACGGCUUAA